AUGUGUGGGUCGAUUGUACCUUGUUCAAACAUAUAUUCGUGGAACUUACGGUGUUUCUGGAGUACCUCUUUACUUGCCCUCACUCUAUUUACUUACUUGUACCGACCAGUAAAGUUCGUUGAUAGAAUUGCUCAGAUUACCAUGUUUUUGAAUACUCUUUCACCUAAAUUUUACGUUGCUCUUACGGGGACGAGUUCUUUGAUAUCUGGACUUAUUUUGAUUUUUGAGUGGUGGUAUUUCAAAAAGUAUGGGAAGUCUUUUAUUGAACAAAUCUCUUGGAAUCAUAUAUACCCUCUAAUUGGUGGAGGUGAUGAAGACAACGAUUGUGACAGUGUUGACUCAAACAGUCCAAUAACAACUACUCAAGAAUGUAAGGUGUGGCGAAAUCCUUACAGUUUAUUCAGAGGAGCAGAGUACCGAAAGUUCUUUCGUGAGACGGGUAAAGAUCCGCUAACAUAUUAUGAUAUGAACCUGUCUGCACAGGAUCAUCAGACAUUUUUCACUUGUGAAGCAGAUGCUGGAAAACCUGAGUACGAAAUAAUGCAACUUUCAUGGAGGGAGCGCAAUCACGAGGAAAGAAUUAAAAAGACAAAAGAAGCACUAUCAAAGAACCCCGAAUGCGCGACUGCUAUGAUCUUACUUGCGGAAGAGGAGUGUUCUUACAUAGUAGACGUAGAGAAAAUUUACAAACAAGCUUACAAAGUGGCGGAGACAAAUCUCCGUCGUUCUCAACAGUUACAAAAUCAUAGUCCGGCACAUGAAUCAAUGUAUCGCAGGGAUAUUCAUGCAUUUGUCUUCAUUCGACGCCGACUUGCAAUGUGUGCAAGAAAACUGGGCAAGUUAAAAGAAGCAAUUAAAAUCAUGAAAGAUCUUAUAAAAGAAUAUCCAAAUUUAAAUUUAUUCAACAUUCAUGAGAAUCUUAUUGAGUGCUAUCUUGCAGCUCAACAGUAUGCAGAUGCUCAGGCUUUCUUGGCUAAGUACGAUGAUAUCAAUUAUCCAAAAUCAGCCACCAUAUGCUAUACUGCAGCUCUACUUAAAGCACGACAAGUAUCCGAAAAAUUUUCUCCUGAUUUAGCAUCACGUAGAGGUUUAAAUGCAGCUGAACUUAGUGCUGUAGAAGCGAUUCAUCGAGCUGUUGAAUUUAAUCCACAUGUACCCAAGUAUUUACUUGAAAUGAAACCUCUUAUAUUACCUACGGAACAUAUAUUGAAACGUGGAGACUCAGAAGCUAUAGCUUAUGCUUUCUUCCAUUUAGCCCAUUGGAAGGCUGUUGAAGGUGCAAUCAAUUUAUUAUAUUGUACAUGGGAGGGAACAUUUCGCCUUAUCCCAUAUCCAUUGGAGAAAGGAAAUCUUUUCUAUCCAUAUCCUCAUUCGACUACAGCAACUGAUAGGGAACUAUUGCCAAGUUUCCAUACUCUUUCAGUCUAUCCGAAGAAGGAUGUGCCAUUCUUUAUCCUGUUCAUUGCUGCUUUGUGUACUUUAACUGCCAUACUUACAUGUUUAACUCACAUCUAUCCAGAACAAAUGGGAUCACUUUCUAAUAAGACUCUCAACUGGUUUUUCAGUCCAAUCAACUACCUAUUAGAAAGAUUUGAGGCGCUAUUGUUAUUCUUAGCCCCAACAUCUGCUCGAAAACUUCUAAGUUGA